AUGGCUGGUGCUUAUGAUACUGAACAAAAGAGAAUGAUUGACAGAAUUAAAUACAUCGUUUUUCGUGAAAGUCGCGAUGCUGGUGGAACAUUUAUUAAUGGACAAUGGAUUGCGGGCAAAAUUCACCACACAACCCGAUUUGUCACAGAAUGGUGGGAAAAAUCAUAUGAUCAAUGCUUUACUGAUUAUUCAAACGCUGGUCGCAAGCUCAAAUUAUCACAAGUAAGUCAAGACAUCAUUCAUAAAGCAAGUGGUCGACAAGGAAAAAGUUGUUCUAUUGUGGCGAAAGAGAUUGGAGAAGAGCCAAAGAAGUACGUCACUGGAAGAACAAUCAAUAAUUAUCGUCAUAGAGAAGGAUUGAAGCCAUUCCAUGUUAUUCCAAAGCCAUUAAAAUCUGAAACUCAUAUAUCAAAUCGUUUAUGGCUAUGCGACUGGUUAGAAGAUUGGACUGAAGAGGAUUUUCUUCAUCUCGCAUCAUCUGACAAGUUUUAUGUCUGGCUUGUUCGUAGAUCAAAUUAUCAAAAUGAUAAAAUUUGGGCCUUAGGCGUCGAAGAUAUUGAAGAAGAUGAAAGGUACCGUGAAAUGGGUCAGAAUCAAAUAUGCAUUUGGAUUUUUAUUAUGUUUACUUGUAAGAGAUUACUUUGGCUGAUUAAAGAUAAAGGUGAAGCUUGUACUGGUGAAUAUUUUCAUGACAGAAUUUUAACUCAAAAUGUAAUACCUUUUUUAAAUAAUGAAGAAAAUGCUAUUGAUCCUGAUGAAGUUACAUUUGUUCAUGAUAAUGUACCAUGUAUGUGA